UCUUCGUGGGCACCAUGGGGCCGCGUUCUAGGCUCUUCCUCUGCUUUCUGCUCUGGGGAAGCACGGAGCUCUGCAGCCCCCAGCCCUUCUGGGAUGAUGAAACCGAGCACUUCAAGCCGUCAAAGCCGCCCACCGUGAUGGUGGAGUGUCAGGAGGCUCAGCUGGUUGUCACGGUUGAAAAAGACCUCUUCGGCACCGGGAAGCUCAUCCGGCCUGCGGACCUCACCCUGGGCCCCAACAACUGCGAGCCGCUGGCCUCCGCAGACACGGAUGGCGUGGUUAGGUUUGAGGUCGGGCUGCAUGAAUGUGGCAACAUCUUGCAGGUGACCGACGAUGCCCUGGUGUACAGCACCUUCCUGCUCCACACCCCCCGCCCCGCGGGAAACCUGUCCAUCCUGAGGACUAACCGCGCGGAGGUCCCCAUCGAGUGCCGCUACCCCAGGCAAGGCAACGUGAGUAGCUGGGCCAUCCAGCCCACCUGGGUGCCAUUCAGGACCACGGUAUUCUCGGAGGAGAAGCUGGUUUUCUCUCUGCGCCUGAUGGAGGAGAACUGGAGCACCGAGAAGAUGAUGCCCACCUUCCAGCUGGGAGACAGAGCCCACCUCCAGGCCCAAGUCCACACCGGCAGCCACGUGCCCCUGCGACUGUUCGUGGACCACUGCGUGGCCACGCUGACGCCGGACUGGAGCACCUCCCCUUACCACACCAUUGUGGACUUCCACGGUUGUCUCGUCGAUGGUCUCACUGAUGCCUCAUCUGCUUUCAAAGCACCCAGACCCAGACCGGAGGUCCUCCAGUUCAUCGUGGACAUGUUCCAUUUUGCUAAUGACUCCAGAAACACGAUAUAUAUCACCUGCCACCUGAAAGUCACUCCGGUUGACCGAGUCCCAGACCAACUAAACAAAGCCUGUUCCUUCAGAAAGUCCUCCAACAGGUGGUCCCCAGUUGAAGGCCCCACUGACAUCUGUCGAUGCUGUAGCAAGGGGCGCUGCGGCAUUUCAGGCCGUUCCAUGAGGCUGUCCCACCGGGAGGGCCAGCCUGUUCCCCGAAGUCGCAGGCACGUGACAGAGGAAGCAGACGUCACAGUGGGGCCGCUGAUCUUCCUGGGGAAGAUGAGGGACCGUGGCGUGGAAGGGCCCACCUCCUCUCCCCCUCUGGUGAUGCUGGGCUUAGGCCUGGCUACUGUGAUGACCCUGACUCUGGCCGCCAUUGUCCUGGGUCUCACUGGGAGGCGUCGGGCUGCUUCUCACCCUGUGUGCCCUGUGUCUGCUUCCCAAUAA